CUGCACGACAGGGUGGUCUGUCAUGAUUCGGCGUUCAUCUGUCUGCUCUUGAAAUGGUGGCUGUUGCAGUCUACACAGAAAGCGCUGGGUUUCUGGUAGUUUCACUUGUUGCGUAGGCGUUAUUUUCAGCCUCAACAUGGUUGCUUUGCUUCUUCCAGUGCUCUUAGUUUUAUGUCGGUGCAUCACCUGCUGUAAUGUUGGCUGCUGUUAAUUAAUAGGGUUCGUGUAUUUAUCCAGAUACUGUUGCAAAAGGCAACAAUAAUUAUUAUGUAUGUUGCUUAGUCUUUUUUUUCUUGUAAUUGAAGGCAAUAACUAAUUGUUUUUUCAAAAUUCUUGACAUUUACCGUGAAUCUCUUACAUAGUUUUCAUUCUUUUUUUUUUUUUUUUAUAAAUCUGUAACUUUAAGAAUGUGACUCAGUGCUGCACACAUUUUUGGAAUAUUUUCAUAAAACAAUAAAUAAAUAAUUAGCUCAAAGAAUUUAUGUCACCAUAUGUUGAACAUGACAUAAUACAUAGUUGUUUUCCAUUUGACGAGGCAGUUUUUUGGAUAGCUUAAAUGAAACAUCUGUUAAAGAAAUUAAUUGCAAUGUACAUUGACUGGCAUGAACGAAUAAGACUUACUGGACAGUAACUGGAUAUAAUCAAUAAAAUCAUUAUUAUAAGCUGGGCGGUCGAUUGUGUGGCUGGUGGUGAAAUAACGUGUCUAUUCUGAGUCAAUCAAUGCACUCUGGUGUGCCUACGCCUGUGCUUUUUCGGCUUUAUUCUUUGAGAAACUCUCUCUCCAUUGAAGGUCGUGACGCAGGUCGGCACUCAGAUCCUUGAUGAUUGAGAGCAAUGCUGGAGACUCGAAUAUGAACUCGCUGGGUACAAGUUCACAUCAUGACCGAGUUUGAGGAGUAUAAGUGGAGACAGAAAUCGGCGCUUCACGUAUUUUACUACAUACUGCUGAUCUGGACCAAAGAAAUGAGUGCUUUAGUAGACUUCUCAGGUUACUUGUCCAGAAUAUUGCAGAAUCACUCUGCCCAUGCCUGUGAAGGUGAACAGCUCCAUCUGCAGUGCCCAAGACAUUCAACAAUCAGUAUACUGUCAGCAUUUUAUGGGCGCAAUGAACUUAGUUCCCACAUGUGUCCAAACAAUUUAAGAUGUGUGGAAAGAGAGGAGAAUCAAAAUUGCUCAUCAUUUACUGCAUUGCAGUGAUUGAACUGCAGAUUCCUUGUCUCCUGAGUCGCAUUCCUGCCAAAUAACAUCUGGAAUAGCACCCCCUAGAGACUCAGAGCAGGACUGCAGUUUCCUCGUAUAUGGGACAUUGCUUUCAGUUGCUGAAAGUGCUGGCUGAAUGCCAGGCUCUGCGUGCCUGCCAGCUUCCUGUCAAUAACCAUGUUUUUGGACUUGACCCUUGUCCAGGCGUAACUAAAUACCUUCUUGUCUCAUAUAAAUGCAAACCAACGGAACACAAAACCAAAGUAGGGUGUGAAGGGGAACAGUUGAAACUGCAGUGUAAGGAUCCUAGAGUGAUUAACAUCUACUCGGCAGUCUAUGGUAGAUGGCAGGAUGAGAAUGAGGUCUGCUCCUUGGGUGGCAAAUUACCUCAGUUUGAAUGUUUAUUCCAUGGAGCUGUGGAGUUUGUAUCACAGAUGUGCUAUGCCAAACAGAGAUGUAAUCUAAUGGUCAACAACCACCAUUUCAAAGACCCAUGCUUCCCUGGAGUUAGAAAGUACCUCCGAAUAAUCUACAAGUGUGUUCCAAAGACUUUACUCAAAGAAGUAGAUCCAAGUUUGUCAAAGCUGAUCCCUUCUUUGAAACAAAAUCAUGAAAAUGGGAUAAUUUUGCAACCCAAAGGAUCAAGACUUCCAGACAAUAAUAGUAUUCUUUUCAGCAACUCUCUGGCUGUGUAUGCUUAUAUUAAAGAUCACCCAGAAAGGACGGCCCUGCUGUUUGUUUCUAGUGUCUGUAUGGGCCUGUUCAUCACCUUGUGUGCGCUGGUGCUCCGAGUGUCCUGCAGGAAGGAGCUCCAGACCCCGUGUCACGGGAGAUUACUGCACAGCAGAGACUCCAAAGGGGAAGAAGAUACUAACGACACUAACGAGGAGGGCUCGUCAGACUCCUGCCAUAUGAACGGCAUCUACAGAACUGCAGCCAUCGAUCUGGACCCAGCGGAGGCAGCCGAACUGGCAGAAAGAAUAGAAAGACGGGAACAAAUAAUCCAAGAGAUCUGGAUGAACAGCUGCUUAGAUGGGACAAUAAUCAGAAGUAUAAACCAGUAUUAUUGAACAAUGGAACUGUAAAAACUUUUGUUUUGUUUUCAAAUGUAUUAUUAUUAUUUUACAUAUUUAUAAUAACCCUUUUAGACCUUGGGUACUUUUAGACGAUCCCUGCAGAUUCUUGGGAAUUAUUGCAGGAUUGUCUAUGGUAUUUUGAAAUUAGCAUAAAAACAUCCUAUUUAUUUUAUUUAUUGUAGAAGGACAAACUGUUCUUUCAAACAAAAUAUAGCUUGGUGGUUAUCCACACUUUUGUUUAAAAAAAAAAAAAAAAAAAAAAACACCUCAAUGUUUUGAUAAACUGUCCUUCUGUAACUCCCAAGAUAGAUUGCAUCAAAACAUGACAUGUCUGGAAUAUCCUUUUCCAGGUUAUAGUGUACAGUAGGUCUCUCCAUCUGCUGUCCUUAUGAUGGGGUAUAGAGACCCCAGUGAAUUUUAAGGGUUAAUAUGCUGUACUCCUUCUGUGACGCUCAGAUCACAAGUAUCAUUGCCUCAUACUGGCUUCUUAGGUGGACAGAGGUCAACCUAACAAAUUGCUUGAGCGUUCCAGAAGAGAAUAGCAUUGGGUUGAUUUGAGGUGCGCUGCUUGCAGACCUACGAGGGAAAGUGAAGCUUCAAACCUGACCCUAGCCAAUGCCAUUGUUUUUCACGUUUUAUGAGGACUGAAUUCACAAAAUAAAUUAUCACUAAUGACCAUCAUUGGUCAGUGGUCUUCACUCCCUGGGUGCCACUGCAAGCAACUGCUCUAAAGGUGCAUGGCCUCCUUAACCGAGGAUUGAACCCCAGCCUCUAGUUCCAACGUCCUGCCCCGUGCCAAAAAAGCUAGGCUCCAGUUACAUAAAGGCUUUUAUGAGAUCUACAUUCAAAACCUAGAAUAUUGCCAGCAGUGUUUUGUAUUUUGAGCUUGCAAACGACAUCCAGAGCAAGAAUGUGCCUAUUUAUUCACAAAGGGAGAUGGCAAGAAGGCUUCAACAUGUUCAAAGAGGGAAUAAGCUUGUUGUAGCUGGAAGUAUUAAUCCAUGAAAGCCAAAAAAAAAACCAAAAAAAAACUGUGCUACCUCAGCUAAACCUCAGUUGAGAUGGGAAUGAGGGUAUCAUCCACAGUGGAUGAAAUCACAUACCAUGUGAAUAAGCAUAAUCUUGUUUUUGACACUGCAGCUUUAAAAUUACAUUUCUAUCUUGUAUGUUUAUAAGUUUUCGUUGGCUACCUCUAAUGAAGUUGACAGUGUUUUCUUGGUCACUCUUUGCUGUGUAAGACCUGUGAGCCAAACAAAAAGUGCAAGAGUAAGGCCACCGAACACUUAUACAUACUAUAAGUUAUUAUUAUUAUUAUUAUUAUUAUUAUUAUUAUUAUUAUUAUUUAUUUCUUAGCAGACACCCUUAUCCAGGGCGACUUACAGUUAAAUCAAAAUAAAAAGCAGACUAAAAGCUGACAACGUAUUUAAUCUGUUUAUACCCUGUUGCAGUUCAAACAUUUAGAAUGCUUUGUCAAUGACAUUGAGUGCAUGACCUACACGCUUGCUGUUAUGUUUAAGUAUUUUAUGUUUAAGUAUCAUUGUCUUUUGUUAUGCCACAUAAAAAAAAAUCUAAAAAAAUAAUGAUCAUGAUUAUAAUUGAAGUAUUUUUUCUUACAUUAGAUGCAGAUUACUAAUGAAAAAUAUGUUUACACAAAUACAACACUGUCUGUUCUGGGGACAUUCUGUGUAGUGUACUUAUUAAAGAUUCCAUCAUUGCUGCAUUAA